AUGACUGUCUAUUCGACAAGUUCAAGCUAUCCAUUCCCGGAUCAGCAGUCAGAACGUUUGCAUAGUAAUAUCUUUCGCCCACCCAACACUCCUGGUUUCGACAGUAUGAAUUUCGCAGCCACGCCAUCACAGGACAGACCCGCCUUGACAAGAAAGCGGUCACGCGCAAACUCCCACAAGGCAAACACCUCUGCACCUCUGGCUUAUGGUGUGAAACAUGGCUACACCACUCAAGCCAUGAGUCCAGCUCCUCUCGCGAACGAACAUUACACACUGGACUACAAAUUCGACACACCUACACUCGCAGCUGCUUCACGACACGACGAUCUGACGGGAGAAAGAGACUUUCGCUGGAAAUGGGAUUCUGAAGACGCAUCGCCUGAACAAGACACUGCACAUGUACCUGGUCUUUUGGCGAGGGAGAGGAACGGGAAAGGCAGGACUGUCAGCUACACAAGCAUGGCGAGCACUAGUGACUCUUCAGACACCAAAGGAUGGGGAGGCUUUGCUAUGAAACUGGUAGGAGGUGUCGUUGGCAAGGUGUGGCACUUUUGUCGUGUGAGUGCUUUUGGUGGCUUCUAUGCUGGUUCCGGACGAGGCUAUGACUUUGCACAACCUACCCAACUGCCCACACCACUGCCUGGACAGUAUCCAACACAUGACUUCUUUGGCGACUUUGAACAGGACAACACUCCUGAACGUUCAUUCAAGCGACAACAAACGGAAUCUGGCUGGGUCAUGGUCGACUCAAAUCCAGAAGCACCUCGUCCAUCCAACCGCAGUACAUCUAGAGACAACCCCACACAUCUCGGCGCCACGAGAGCAAGCAGUCGUCGUGCCCUCAGCUCAGUGACCCGUCGCGCCCCCUCGCGCCAAACCUCCUACACUGGCUCUCCACAAGCACAACAAUCCCGUCUCGAUGUCUUCAGCCAGGCAUUUGCAGACCGUUCCACCACAACAGCAUCCACGGCUUCCACAGCUUCCACUCGAUCUACUGCCCCUUUGCGUCCUGCCUUCGCUGUGCAUCGCUCACCCGUCACCACACCCAUCCGCACAAGUUUCGGUGCCGACCGCCGCUCCAGCAUCGCCAGCGCAAACGGAGAAAACCUAAGUCCUGAUGCCCAACGCUUCCUCCACCGCAUAGAAAGACAAGACCGCGAUACCGACAAAAGUAUGCGCAAACUCGACCGUCAGAUCCAAGAUUUGAUUCGACAAGGUCAAGCUGCUCUAGGCACCAAGUUUGAAGUCGAAUCCGAUGAUACUGAUUUUAAUGAUGAUAAUGACGAUUGGGAGGAUGCUCGUAGAUGA